AGAAGCGGCCCCGCCUCCUGCAGUGCAUGAUGGUCGGAGUACCGGAGCUGUCUGCUGCAGUUGUUUUCCUCCCGGUUCCUCCGGUGGUUCUGUGAUGGUGAGAGGAAGAAACACCGGCUGCUGUGCUUCAAACGACAGCUAGCCUCCUAGACGGCGAGCCUCGAUGCCAUGGCCUCCAGCCACAGCUCCUCCGCAGUGCCUCGUCCCGGCGGUGGAGGCCGAGACGGGAUCUACCACAAGGAGCGGGAUCCCUCUCCACCGCGCUUCAGAUCCAUCCGCUCCCUGCCCGACGUCUGCCCCAAGGAGCCCACAGGUGAGAGGCGGGGCCUGUGCGACGGCCCCUCCUUGGUGGCGGAGCAUGACAGGUGGACGGUGUACAGCUCGAAGGUCAACCUCCCCGCCGCGCUGAACGACCCCCGGCUAGCCAAGCGGGAGUCGGACUUCUUCACUAAAACAUGGGGGCUAGACUUCGCAGAGACGGAGGUGAUGCCCUCCUUCUACCUCCCCAACAUCACCAGGGAACACUUCGGGCCCUACCUGCAGGAGACGGCUCAGAGGGAGAGAAUCCACGAACGCUGCAAGAUGAUCUGUCCCAACAAAGACGACGUGGACGCCGUCUCCAGUAACACCACCAACCACGAUAAAUCCAGAGCUGAGCUGGAACAAGUCCCAAAGAUCUUCAUGAAGCCGGAGUUUGCUCUGGAGGAUCCGGCCAUCUUUACCUCCGUCCUGCCCUGGUCUCACUUUAACAGCGCGGGGGGGAAGAGCAGCAGAGACGGGGCGUCCUCCAAACUGCUGCAGGAGAAGCUGAGUCACUACCUGGACGUGGUGGAGGUGAGCAUCGCCCGGCAGAUCUCUCUGCGCUCCGAGGCCUUCUUCCACGCCAUGUCCUCGCAGCACGAGCUCCAGGACCGGCUGCAGGAGACGCAGCGGGCCGUGGCCGUCCUGCGGGGGCGGACCGCCGACAUCGACCGGGUGAUGUGCCAGGGGCCUCUGCAGGCGCUCUGCACGGCGGUGACGCGGAACAACUGUGUGAAGCUGCACAACAAGCUGAAGCUGAUGGCGGCGGUGCAUCAGACGCAGCCCACCGUGCAGCUGCUGCUCUCCACCUCCGAGUUUGUCAGCGCGCUGGAGCUCAUCUCGACCACCAAGGAGGUGCUGCAGCAGGAGCUGCAGGGGAUCCACAGCUUCAGACAUCUGGGCUCUCAGCUGUGCGAGCUGGAGAAGCUGAUCGAUAAGAUGAUGGUGGAGGACUUCAGCAUGUACGCCCGCAGCGACCUGAACCGCUGCCUGAAGGACGAGCCACUGGUCCUGGAAAAGGUUGACAAACCAAACGCUGUCUCUGAGAAGGAGCGUCUGGAGUCUCUGGUGUUCGGGCUGCUGCGUCAGAGGAAGUUGGACUUUCUGGAUAUUUACAGCGAUGAGUCGAUUCUGGCUGCCAAGGCCAUCGUCACUCAGUGUGUAGCAGAAAGUGUUUUGCACAUUGAAGAUAUCGACACUGAAGUCGUCACUAAGCUAGCUGACCAGAUGCGUGUGAUGACGUAUCAUCAGUGGUUUGAGCUCCUGAAAAACGUCUUUGAGAGUUUCCUUCUCUUCCUGCAGAGGAUCAAGGUGACUCUGAACGUGGUCAGAAACGUUGUUCUGGAGGUUUUGGCUUCAAAUCAGAGGACCCGGCUCCUGGAGGAGGCAGCUAGGGGGUCCUCGGGUCAGGACGUUUCCCCCUGCCCGUCGUCGCUCCUUCAGGGGGAGGCGGAGCUGGCCUACCUCACCCACGAGGGUCUGUUCAUCAGCGACGCUCUGAGUGAGGCCCAGCAGCAUCAGGGGGUCCAGGAUCAGAGCUCCAGGGUCCAGCAGGGCCGAGUCGAGGCUGCAAACAACGACUCUGCAUCGGGGAGCGCAGAGGGGGCCGCUGGCAGGGAGCAGAGCUUCAUGUCCGGUGAGAACAUGAUGCCCUCUGACCUCGAGCUGAACCGAGUCAUCAACAACCUCCAGGAGCUUCUGUACACGGCGUCCGACGUCAGCCACGACCGCUGCGUCAAACUCCUCACAGCCAGAGCGAAGGACGGCUCUCUGGAGCGCCUGAGCUCGGCGGAGUUUGUGCGUCUCUCUCAGGCUGUGGAGGGAUUCGUCAGGGACACCGAGGAGCUGUGCGGCAGACGGAGCAACUCCCUGAAGGGGGCGCUGCAGAGCCAGGCCAACCGCUUCGUCCACCGCUUCCACGAGGAACGCAAGACCAAACUCAGCCUCCUCCUGGAUAACGAGCGGUGGAAACAGGCCGAGGUCCCCGCUGAGUUUCAGGAUCUGGUGAACUCCAUCGCUGACGGCAGGAUAGCUCUACCAGAGCGCAAAAUCUCAGGUCCAGAAGAUAGAAAGCCCUCCGACUUUCUUCUCGUCAACGGGCAGAAAUACGCCGUCGUUGGGACGGUCCUGCUGCUGAUCCGGAUCUUUCUGGAGUACUGUCAGUGUGUCAACGACAUCGCCUCCAUCGCCACCGACAUGCUGACCCGCCUGUCGGACCUCCUGAAGCACUUCAACUCUCGGAGCUGUCAGCUGGUUCUGGGAGCCGGAGCUCUGCAGGUGGUCGGCCUCAAGACCAUCACCACCAAAAACCUUGCUUUAGCUUCCCGCUGCCUGCAGCUGGUGGUUCACUACAUUCCCGUCAUCAGAGCUCACUUCGAGACCAAACUGCAGCCCAAACAGUUCAGCGUCCUGAGACACUUUGACCACAUCACCAAGGACUACAACGACCACAUAGCGGAGAUCUCUGCCAAGCUGGUGGCCAUCAUGGACAGUCUGUUUGAGAAGGUUUUACUGAAGUACGAGGUGAAAGCUCCGAUGCCCUCCGCCUGCUUCAGGAACGUCUGUAAGCAGAUGGCCAAGAUGCACGAAGCCAUUUCUGAGCUUUUACCUGAAGAGCAGACGCAGAUGUUGUUUCUGAGGAUCAACGCCAGUUUUAAGAUGCACCUGAAGAGGCAGCUGGCUCGACUCGGCGUGGUCAACGACGGAGGACCACAGAACGGGCUGGUGGUCGUCGACGUCGCCUUCUUCACCGAGAACAUGCAGGCGCUGAAGAGCCUGGAGCGCCUCGACCUCAACAUGGCCGAGAUCUGGGAGCAGAAGAGGUGAUGACGGGGCUUCCUGACUGAUCCACCCACCCACCCAGGGGAGGGGGGGUCGACGAGGGUCUGCUGAAGGUGGACGAGGCCCCGCAGGGACCAAAAACACCAAAAACUGUGAGGAGUGAAAAAGCUCCAUGUUAAAAAAGCUGCUGCCACCUCGUGUGACUGUGUGCGCCUGGACGGGACUACAGUCCAGUAUCUGAGACAGACUUUGGGGGGGGGAUCAUGUGGAGGGAGCGGAGGGGUAAUUUAUUUUUAUGUCCACACUGUGGAUCAUUUCUUUUCUCCAGCAGGGCCGAGCUGACGGGAUCUUAAAUCUCAGACUCACACUGAAAA